ACAGCGAAAAGCUUCCACAAGUAGAUAUCUUAGUGGCCUCGGCCCGGGAAAAAGCUGGCCAUCGUUUGGGCUUUACUUUGGUUCUCAGGAGCUAAUGGGCUUCACUUGGUCCUUUUCUUUCUAAUUUUUGGGAGUUUAACCCAUAAUUUGGAUGGAGAGUUUUUGAAAAUAAUUUACCACCACAAGGCAACUCUAUUGUCUCACAGUUGGAGUGGUGGAAGCCAUGUCAGCCUUCCCUCGCGGUUGCCAUGCAUGGUCAUUUAUAGGUCAAUCAAAAUUAGUGAAGCUAAACCAAAGAGUAAAAAUAAAAUAAACAUCUGGAUAGAAGAAAAGAAAGACAACUAGAUUUUACUAAAAUUAAUUAAUGGCCAUUAAUGUGUUUGUACAUUUAUAUAUAAAUACAAAAUUUGAGAAGGUGGUGAAGUUUAAAGAAAAGGGUGGUAAAAAUUAGUGAUUAGAAACACAAGAACAGGAGGAGGAGGCGGAGGAGGAGGAGGUGGUGGAGGAGAAUGAAUUGUUUUUCGUGCUGUAAGUUGCUACACAGCAAUUCAUUUAAUGAGACCAUAGAAUACCCCAAGAAGGAAUUCAGGCAGGAAAACUCAUUUUCAUUCUUCCUCAGAAAUCUUUCACAUAAAACAGGCAGUGCCAGGCGGAAACUAAUUAAUGAGGAGAUAAAGAAAGUUGGUGCAGAAGUUUGUGCUCAGGUCUUCUCAUACAAAGAACUAGCCGCUGCGACUAACAACUUCAGUGCUAAUUGUGUUUUGGGAGAAGGUGGAUUUGGGAGGGUCUACAAAGGACACAUUUUGAGAACUGAUCAAGCUGUGGCUAUUAAGCAGCUUGACAGGAACGGCCUGCAAGGGAACAGAGAAUUCUUUUCAGAGAUUCUCAUGUUAAGUAUGGUUCAAAAUCCCAACCUUGUCAAAUUGAUUGGCUACUGUGUAGAUGGUGAUCAGAGAAUCUUAGUUUAUGAAUUCUUGCCCAAUGGAACAUUGGAAAGUCACCUUCUUGAAGUCGGUCCUGGAAAGGAGCCCUUGGAUUGGGAUACUAGGAUGAAAAUAGCAGCAGGGGCAGCAAGAGGACUGGAAUUCUUACAUGAUGCCAAUCCACCAAUCAUUUACCGCGAUUUCAAAGCAUCAAACAUUUUAUUAGAUGCAGAAUUCAAUCCAAGGCUGUCAGAUUUUGGACUUGCUAAGUUAGGUCCAACAGGAGGGAAAGAGCAUGUGUCUACAAGGGUGAUGGGAACCUAUGGCUACUGUGCUCCUGAGUAUCAAAAGACGGGUCAGCUAACAAAAAUGUCUGAUGUGUACAGUUUUGGCGUUGUUUUUCUGGAAAUGAUUUCAGGAAGGAGAGUCAUUGAUUCUAAAAGGCCAAGCGAGGAGCGAAACCUUAUUGAUUGGGCGGAACCACUUUUUAAAGACAAAAGUAAAUUUACAGAAAUGGUUGAUCCAUUGCUUAAUGGAGAUUACUCAACAAAGAGUCUACAUCAAGCUAUUGCCAUUGCAGGCAUGUGUCUCCAAGAGGAAGCUGAAGCUCGACCCACAAUGGAAGAUGUAGUAACUGCUCUUGAAUUUCUUUCCAAGCCAAAGAUUGAGGAGAGAAGUGAAUCUGAAUCAUCAACAAGCAAGCUUCUGCCUGCCAAUUCUGGGAAAGAAAAAGAUUUGAAACAAGAGUAGGAAGUGCUUAUUGGAGUCAACUUUUUGAUAAACCAAACAAACCAUAAAAAGUUUUAACAUUAGAUACAAAGCCGCUUCUCCUGUACUUGUUAAUUGCUAAUAGGGAUGAUCGUGUAUAUACCACUCUGUAACACUAGUUCACAAAUUCUCUAAUGAAUUUGCUGUAACUUUGUCAUCCAAAUAUUUUUGAAAUAUAUAUAGAUAAACAAAAUUAGUUUUCAUUUAUAAGAA